UCUCCUAACCGUCAGUCGCCAGCUAUUCAAGCUCCGAGUUCUUUCUGUCCGUGUGCAUAUUCGCGUUUAAAAAAAAUCCAACAAAAUGUGUGACGACGAUGUUGCGGCUCUCGUCGUUGACAACGGUUCCGGUAUGUGCAAGGCCGGUUUCGCCGGGGAUGACGCCCCACGCGCCGUCUUCCCAUCCAUCGUUGGUCGUCCCAGGCACCAGGGUGUGAUGGUCGGUAUGGGACAAAAGGACUCUUACGUCGGAGAUGAGGCCCAGAGCAAGAGGGGUAUCCUCACCCUGAAAUACCCCAUCGAACACGGUAUCAUCACCAACUGGGACGAUAUGGAGAAGAUCUGGCAUCACACCUUCUACAACGAACUCCGUGUAGCACCAGAAGAACACCCAGUCCUCUUGACCGAAGCCCCAUUGAACCCCAAGGCUAACAGGGAAAAGAUGACCCAGAUCAUGUUUGAAACCUUCAACACCCCAGCCAUGUACGUCGCCAUCCAAGCUGUACUCUCCCUGUACGCUUCCGGUCGUACCACCGGUAUCGUCUUGGACUCUGGAGAUGGUGUGUCCCACACCGUACCAAUCUACGAAGGUUACGCCCUUCCCCACGCCAUCCUCCGUUUGGACUUGGCUGGUCGCGACUUGACUGACUACCUCAUGAAGAUCUUAACCGAAAGGGGUUACUCUUUCACCACCACCGCUGAGAGGGAAAUCGUUCGUGACAUCAAGGAGAAACUCUGCUAUGUCGCUCUGGACUUCGAGCAGGAAAUGGCCACCGCAGCAGCCUCCACCUCUCUGGAGAAAUCCUACGAACUUCCCGACGGUCAGGUGAUCACCAUCGGUAACGAGAGAUUCCGUUGCCCAGAAGCCCUCUUCCAACCUUCCUUCUUGGGUAUGGAAUCUUGCGGAAUCCACGAAACCGUCUACAACUCCAUCAUGAAGUGCGACGUCGACAUCCGUAAGGACUUGUACGCCAACACCGUACUCUCCGGAGGUACCACCAUGUACCCCGGUAUCGCCGACAGGAUGCAGAAGGAAAUCACAGCCCUCGCCCCAUCCACCAUCAAGAUCAAGAUCAUCGCUCCCCCAGAAAGGAAAUACUCCGUCUGGAUCGGAGGAUCCAUCUUGGCCUCCUUGUCCACCUUCCAACAGAUGUGGAUCUCCAAGCAGGAAUACGACGAAUCCGGCCCUGGAAUCGUCCACCGCAAAUGCUUCUAAGCGUGAGUCAAUCGUCUUUUAUCAUCAUCUAGUUAUAUUGUAUAUAACUCAAAAAAAAACAUCAUCGAUUCGAUGCACGAUAAGAAUGAGAUACAGACAGACCCUCGGUCAAUAAUAUAAUUCUUGUAAAAUACUACCUUUUGAGAACUGCUACUUUGUUUUUGACACGGUUAUUUAUUUAUGUCAUUGUAUUAAUUUAUAUCGAUGUAUUUUUUUACAUUACGCCAAUAUAUUUAUACAUAAACGUUUGUUAAGUCA